GCUGUCUAACUUAACUUUGGCAGUGUGGAUGCAGGGGUGGGAGCUGUGGCUAUUUAAAGAGGGUCAUCCAGUCACGGAUAAAUAACAGAGGGUCCACAGCGUUGACUAACAACCUCCAAAUGGUCCUCAUCCUGCACUCUGUAUCUGUCUGCGGCUUCUUAUUAUUUAUCUGCGGGCUGUGACAACCAUCUGUCGAGCAGACCCGGAGCCGGUCCAGCAGCUCUUCGGUGGGGGGUUAUUCCGCUUUUUAUUUUUUUAUUUUUUUAUUUCAGUAUAUAUAUUUUUUCCCUUUCUGGCGAUAAUGGGAAAGGAUUAUUAUAAGACGCUUGGUAUCUCUAAAGGAGCCACAGAUGAUGAUAUAAAGAAAGCUUACAGAAAACAAGCGCUGAAAUGGCAUCCGGACAAAAACAAGUCUGCAGCCGCCGAGGAGAAAUUUAAGGAAAUCGCCGAGGCAUAUGAAGUCCUGAGUGAUCCAAAGAAAAGGGAAAUUUAUGAUCAGUAUGGAGAAGAAGGUCUCAAGGGAGGGAAUGGGCCCACUGCUGAUGGACAAGGCCCCACCUUCACCUACACCUUCCACGGGGAUCCUCAUGCCACUUUUGCCACUUUCUUUGGUGGCUCCAACCCUUUUGAGAUGUUUUUUGGGCGUAAAGCAAAUGGGCGAGAUGACGACGAUAUGGAGGUGGAUGGAAACGACCCUUUCAGCUCCUUCACCAACUUCAACAUGAAUGGCUUCCCUCGGGAUGGCCACGUCGGGCAGCAGCGCCGCAAGCAGGACCCAGCCAUCAUCCAUGAACUGAGGGUCUCCUUGGAGGAGGUCUUUCAUGGGUGCACCAAAAGGAUGAAAAUCUCUCGCAAAAGGCUAAAUCCAGAUGGCAGGACCAUGCGGACGGAGGAUAAGAUCCUCACUAUUGAAAUCAAGCGAGGCUGGAAAGAAGGAACCAAGAUCACGUUCCCACGAGAAGGAGACGAGUCCCCCAACACCAUUCCAGCUGACAUUGUCUUUGUCAUAAAGGAUAAACCUCACCCCCACUUCAGGCGGGAAGGCUCCAACAUUGUGUAUCCUGUUCGUGUGAGCUUAAGACAGUCUCUGUGUGGAUGCUCGGUUACCGUGUCAACGAUAGAUGGGAAGACGUGCAACAUGAAGGUCACAGACGUCAUCAAGCCUGGCAUGAGAAGAACUGUAGCCGGACAAGGUCUCCCUUUGCCCAAGAAUCCGGAGCAGAGAGGAGAUCUGGUGGUGGAGUUUGAUGUGAACUUUCCUGACACGUUGCCUGGCAACGCUAAGGACGUCCUGAAACGGCAUUUACCUGCUUAGGCCGAAGGAUGCGGACUGAACGAGAAUGGGGGAAACAGCAUGACAGCGCUCAACCUCGAUAAGAGGCACUCUCACACAAGGACAGUUGUGACAGUUCACAGAUGGACCCCCAACCGAUGAAUGUGCAAUUUCUAUUUUUGAGCUGUUUGUUGUUUUUAUAAGUAUCAUGCAUGCUGCUGAGCUGAUGCAAGUGCAAGUGAAAGACUUCUUGGACUUUUAUGUAAAAGUAAGUGGGCUUUGCCUCAGUCAAUUUAUCAUUUUGAUCUUGGGGAUAUUUGGCUGUGAAAGAUUUGCCAAAAAAAUCCCAGAGAUCCUGUGAAAACUUAGUGCUAAACACGUGUUCUUUCUCUUAUUUAGAUUUGACGGGAGUCAUCAGUGACACUGUUAAAAACUCUCAUUCGUGUUCAUUUUGUCAGGCUGUUCAUUAGACCAGAGGCUCUUUUAUUAUUUGUGUGCAAGUUAUUCAAGAGGAAAGAGUUUGAAUGAAUUCAACUAGUGCAAUGUGUGCUUUUUAAAUAUUUACACGUGAAAACUUGAAUUUUAAAAUAAACAUUUCCACAUGAAAUGAUCUUGAGCCGUUUCAGUCUUGGAGAAGUGGCAUUUAAAGUAUCCUCCUCCAAAAAAUAAAUAACGUAAUAUUGAUGAUUGCUUUAAAAUAGCUAGAAGUGUUUAUGAAUUAUUAAUAGCCUGCUCUGCAGUAUUAUAAAUAAGGGGUUCUUUUUAAAUUUCAGAAAGUGAAAUGAACACAUAUUUUGAUAGAGAUGUGCUUAUUUUGUUGUUGUCAAAUAUAUACAGACCCGUUUAUGAUGUGCAAAGAUAAAAAUUAAAAAUAUCUUGACAAAGUUUAAUGCAAUAAGUCACUAAUGGCAAAAGUAUGAAUGUUUAAAUAUAGGUGUAUGGUCUCAGCUGCUCAUUUUCAGCUGCCAACACAAGAAGACUUAAUGUUCUCCCACCAGGGGGCGCCCUCUCACUCAUCAUAAGGUCUACAAAGGGAGGUCCUGCUGAUCUUAGCAGAAGACGCCACGUCCAGCUCUCUAUCUAUGAGAGAGGCAGUUGAGUGGCACUAAUUACUCCUCUUCCAAGCAAAUAUUUGUAUCAAAUGCCCCAUCUGUCCCUGAAAUGCUUCAUGUGUGCACAUCAGAAUGUGUUAAAGAUUUGUGCAAAUGCUGAGUCACUAUCAUCCAGGGAGGCUGGAGUGUAAACACAUCUGCUCAGCGUGGGAGCUUGCCAGUCGGUAAUCCUUUUGCAUAAAAUAUUUGCAUUCAUUGGAGCCGAACUGAUCUGAAAUCAGAUAAUAAUGUAUUUCUAAUAAUGGUUUCUGUCAGUGUAUUGUUAAAUAAUGACCACAUGCAGCCUAGAGCUUGGGAUUUAAAUGAAAAAAAAAAAUGCAAGUCAACAAAACUUAAUUUAAUAGUCUAAAUUGUGUGGUCGAUAAACAGUUAUUAACGCAAUAUUACUAUUUGCACGAUUCUUUUUUUAAU